GUUCAGAGAAGGUUCACUGGGCUGAUCCCAGCUCGAAGGAUAUGGCCAUUUUAGCCCAGCUGAGUGCCCGGUACUCAACACAGAAAGAUCCCAGAGUUGAACUGGACUUCAAGCAACGGGGGAAUGCACAGUUCAAGCUGAAGGACUAUAUUCAGGCUGUGGCCUUGUAUUCAAAGGGGCUCCGCCACAGCUCCACACACUCUCCCCAGGCCGCACUGCUGUAUGCCAACCGCUCAGCAGCACUCUACCAGCUACAGCGCUAUCAGGAAUGUUUGGUGGAUAUUGAAAGAGCACAAGGACACAAUUAUCCCCAUGAGCUGCUACAUAAAAUCCUGGCACGUCGCACAGCCUGCUUACAGCAUUUGGGACAAGCUGAUGGAGCCUCUGAUCUCAGGAGCGGAGAGAAGCUGGGUGUCACAGCCAUGCCCAGGAUCCAGACCAAGCCCACAGAUGGAGGGGCUGCCUGCAGACAGACUAAAACCUCAAAAAUUCUGUGCAAUAUAUCUCCUUCCAUCGCCGUGCGGUUCAACAGUUCCCAGGGCCGCCAUUUCGUAGCGACUGAGGAGCUGAGGCCAGGACAGGUCCUGCUUCAGGAGGAGGCCUUUGCAGCUGUGCUGAUCCCAGAGGGAGCCAGAAGGGAGCUAUUCCCCAAUGAGGAUGUGUACUGUCACCACUGCCUUGAGCGGACUGAGUUCCCCGUGCCCUGCCUGACCUGUAGCUUCAGCAGUUACUGCAGUGAGCUGUGUCGAGAGUGUGCCUGGAACCAGUAUCACUGGCUAGAAUGCAGUCUUGGGGGUCUCCUCCUGGCACUGGGCACAUUCAGCCAGCUCGCACUCCGCACUGUGCUGCUGGCAGGUAUGCACGAGGUAGAGAGAGCAGAGAAAUUGGAGAGUGGAGCUGGCCAAAGGCCGAGUGGUGAACACAGUGUGAGGGUGAACCCAGACCACAGAGUGGAACUGAGCAGUUGUUCUAGGACUUCAGGGGCUGGUGAUGGGGUGCCCAGAGAUUCUCAGAGCCGUUACCAGAUGAUCCACAGUCUGCUGACCCACACCAAAUGGCAGACACCAGAGCACCGUUUCCUCUGUGGUCUCACCGCAGCAGCUGUGUGCCAGGAGAUCAGACGAUUGGGACUGGAGUCGCAGUUGGUCAGUGAGUGUCUGGAGCUGGAUACAGUUAGUGAGCAAGACCAGGGACUGAGGAUACUAGGAGUGGCACUGCUCCGACACCACCUCCAGCUGGAAUGUAAUGCUCAGGCUAUCACUGUAUUCAGAGAUACAGGAGUUGGACAUUCCCAUGUGGCAGAGAUGGAAGAGGUCAGGAUUGCAACUGCCUUUUACUCUACAGUCAGUCUGCUGAACCACUCCUGUGAACCCAACACCAGUAUCACAUUCCAAAACACCACCAUCACUGUGAGAGCAUCCCAGCACAUCCCAGCAGGCCAGGAAGUGCUGCACUGCUAUGGCCCACACUUGAGCCGGAUGGCAGUGAGAGAACGACAGCGGGCCCUGAGAUUGCAGUAUUUCUUUCACUGUCAGUGCACUGCCUGUGUUCGUGAGGAGGGCAGUGUUGGAAUGGACUCUGUGCUUGGCCAAUUCCUCUGCUCUCACUGUGGGAUGGAGUUACAGGAUUCGGAGGAGGCUCACUGCACAUGCCCAACCAGCUCCUGUGGUCUCAUCGUCUCCAAACAAGCCCUCUUCCAACAAGUGAAGGAAGUGAGGGGCCAGAUUGAGGUCGCCAGGCACCUGAGUACUCAGCAUCCAGAUGAAGCCCUUCGAUUGCUGUCUGAGUGUCAGCAGCUGGCUCACACCCUCCUGUCUGACCAACACCCAUUUGACUGCUACUCGCAGUGUAUACAAUAG